UUCACGAAUCGUAGGAUGUUGCGUACACAACACCCUGGAUGUUUUGACCAAAUGUAACGUUACUUGCUUUAUUCGGGAUUAAUGUAUUCUUACUUGAUUUUACAGAUAAUGUAACUUGUAAUUGUUGCAAUAAUUCGACAUUGCAGCCAUGUUGCUUCCGUCUGACAUAGCGCGGCUCGUUUUAGGAUACAUGCAACAAGAGGGACUGUGUUCUACAAGCCAGGCAUUCAUUCGUGAAAGCCCCAAUUUGAAGGAGUACGCAGAACACAGCUCAGAUGAUGCAGCUAUUCCUGCUUGUGUGUUUUCCCUCUUUGGAAAAAACCUGACAACUAUUUUGAAUGAGUAUGUUACUGUCAAAGCUAAAGAGACGAUAGAAGAGACUCAGAUACCUGUCAUGAUGACAUCAUUGUGGAAAAAGCUUGAUUUCACACUAAAUCAAAUCAAGUCUAUGCAGAACUCCACAGCUAUUAUCCAGAAUCAAAGACUCCACACACGUAAUGGGAUCGUGAACAUGAGGGGGCGACAGAGAGCCUUGUCAUCAACACAGUCCCCCAGCUCUGGGUUUCUGUCAUCGUUGGCCACCCCGUCGGCCCAGGGCAUCGGCACCCCAGUCUGCUACAGCUCCCAGCAGACCAGACCCUCCCCCAUCUGCGGCACACAGCCCCAGAUCCAAGAUGGAGGACGUCUGCUCAUCAAUGUGAACCGGGAGUCACCUUUGCAAAUAACGGUUCCAGACAACCGGUUAACCACAGGACCAUUAUCCCCAGGGCGUCGGAAAUGGAGGAGAGGUGGGGGCUCUAGUGGAUCCGGUGGGACUGGAAGAGCCAACAUGGCGGCCAGUAGCCUGACAGCAGAGCCCCAGAGUGAAGAGGCAGUCACAGAGAAUUUCCCUCAAAUGUUGAUACAAAAUGCAAGAGAGAGGAUUCUAAAUGACAAGUCUUUACAAGAGAAGCUUGCUGAAAACAUCAACAAAAUUCUAGCAAGUGAUGUCAGUCCUCAGGCUUUAAAGGCAUCAUGCAGCACCAUGGAGCCUGACCAGUCAAUAGAUGAAAUUCUGGGCCUGCAGGGGGAGAUUCAUAUGUCUAAUGAUGUUAUACAAGACAUCUUGGAGCAGACAGAGUCCGACCCAGCCUUCCAGGCUCUUUUUGACCUCUUUGAUUACGGCAAAAGCAAAACCAGUGAGGAUACUGAACAAGGAGCUGGGAACGUGAGCAAUACCACCACAGAGAAUGGUGAGACUGAGACUAGAUGUAUUGACGGCUCUCCUGAGACUGGAGACCCAGGCACUGGGCCUGAAAACUCGACAUGUGGACAAGAAAAUAGAGUAACAAAGUCCAGUCAAGAGCCCAAGAGUAAGAAAACAAGGAAAUCUGCACCUCCUGUUUCAAGCACUUCAAAGGCAACUCCAGGACCCAGUAGCAGAGGGUUGAGAAGGGGAGCUAUCUCAACAACUCCUGGACCCAGUAGCAGAGGGUUGAGAAAGGGAGCUAGCUCUACAACUCCUGGACCCAGUAGCAGAGGGUUGAGAAGGGGAGCUAUCUCAACAACUCCUGGACCCAGUAGCAGAGGGUUGAGAAAGGGAGCUAGGUCUACAACUCCUGCACCCAGUAGCAGAGGGUUGAGAAAGGGAGCUAGCUCAACAACUCCUGGACCCAGUAGCAGAGGGUUGAGAAGGGGAGCUAUCUCAACAACUCCUGCACCCAGUAGCAGAGGGUUGAGAAAGGGAGCUAGCUCAACAACUCCUGGACCCAGUAGCAAAGGGGUGAGAAGGGGAGAUAUUGCAACUCGACCCUCAGCACGUAUUGAUCAAUUUACCGCCGCUGCUUCUUCUGCCGCAAAGGACUCUGAUAGGGUUGACUCAGGCUCCAUCUUUAAUCCGGAUGUAUCAGGUGUGGAUAUAGAUGAACCUCUGAAUACCCCUCUUGACAGUAUAGCUCCGCCAGAUGUCUUUGAGCCAGUCAGACAGGAGAGUGGAACAAAUCGUCCGGCGUCAGCAUGCAACACACCUUCAUCUGAAACCAGGACGGUCUCUGCUGUGAAAAACAUAUUAGGCAAUGAGAACACAGUGGGGGCUGAUGGUAGACAAGUGAUGGAUAACCAAGCUUCACUUCUUAACUCUUCACCUUCCCUGUCCAAUUCCAUGCCAAUGCUGGAUCACUCAAACAAGGCUCCCAUACAGGCCUCUAACCUGCCUCAUAGAAAUAUUACCCCUCCCAGCAGUGUAGGAAUUUCACAACCUCUACCACAGACCAUACACUCUAUGGCUGUCCCCUCAACAGUUACAACAACUCCUGCUGCCCCAACCUUCAUCCCAAACCCCAACCCUACAGGCAAGGAAGUAGACCCCAGUAAGAUUGUGGCCCUGAAGAUCAUAAUCAGCGAUGAGCAGGAGCCCUCCAGUGACUCAGCCCUGAACCAGGCUGUAUCCAGCAUCACUGGGGACAGGAUCCCCACCAUCUUCCUCUCCUCCCCCACCAAGUCACCUGCUAAGGCCCCGGCCCUCAGUAGCGCCCCCAUGAAUCAGGAGGAGACUGUGCAGGCGGUGAGCAGCUUACAGAGGACAGAAGUCCUCCAGCCAGCAGAGACCAAUCCUCUUAGUGGGAAAGCAGGGGAUGUGGCAGCAUUGGCAGGGACGUCAACUGCGUUGACACAGCCUGGCUACUACAUUCAGCUGCCCUUUGAUUCAGCCACAUCCACCAACAGCUACAUCUUAGUGACAGACACAACAGCCACAGACCCCCAGUCCAACAAGGUGAUAUUACCCAGUGGCGCCCCACAGGUACAGACUGUACCCCCUUCCUCAUAUACUCUGGUCACUCCACCCCGCUAUUCCCCUGGAUCUAGACUCAUCAUAUCUUCAUCAGUUCAGCCCAUGCUGCAAAGCAUGGUGGUUCCUGUAUCUGUUGUUGGGCAGAACAAUGCAACACAGUUCUCCGUAGUUCCUAAUCAGUUGAUAGCCAUGCCUAGCCCUGCUUCAGCAAAGCAGCCAGCAGCAGUGAAUACCAACCCUAAACUGGCUCCCAAGGAUACCACAAUCUCGGGAAAAACGGGAGCUUCUGGAUCGAAUAUGGUUACAAAGCAGGUCCACCCGCAAUCCUCUAAAAGCACAGGGCAGCAGAAGGUAGCAGUUGGCUCGAGCCCCAGCCAUAGGAGGAUGCUUUGCUUUGAUGGGUCUGCUGGUGAAACUUCUACCUCCAAAGCUACAGCUACUCCUGUAUCACCUGUCCAACAGGUGGAGAAAGAGAUACCUAAAUCUGCCUCUGCUCUCUUGGGGAGAAGCAGGCCAAAAAGGAGAAUAGAGACUGUAAGAUGUACAGACAACACUCAGACAUCAUGGACCGGAACAGAGACGGAGAAAUCCUCCACUGUCCAAAAGCAGAAAGAAGCUGCGAAAAAGACCCCUUCAAAGAGGGACGCAGAUCAAAAUGCUAGAGGUCAAAGUGCAAGUACCAGUAGAUCUCAGAGUGCUGGUAGCAGUAGGACUGAUGCCUCACAGUCAGAGUCCAGGAAGAGAUCUCAAUCAGCAGACAAGAAGGAUGAUGGUGGAGCAGGACCUAAGGAUGCCCAGAGCUCCAGGUCCUCUUCCUCUGAUCACAGACUGAGAUCAGGGAGCAGGAAAGAGAAAGACGCAUGUAGACAAGAGCCUACUGAGAAAUCUCCUGCCAAGGAGCGGGAGGGACGGACAGUGAAAAGGACAUCUUCUCAGGACCCCCCUCAUGUCACUGCCAAUAAGGAGAAUGAGCUGGAGGGGGGAAGGCGAGAGCAGCAGCCCACACCAGCACCAAGAGCAUUCAGCCCGGCCCCAGUGGGCUCACAAACCUCUGUCCCUCAGGCUUGCUCCAGCAAAAUCCCCUCCAAGACCAGCCCACUGACCAAGCAGGCAGCUGAAAUGCUCCACGACAUCCAGGGUCUAAACCCUCCCUCCACCCCUCCUAAGAGGACAGGCAUGGGCUGUCUGGAGCUGCCUCUUCCUCGGACCCCUGGCCGUCUCCAGGAGUCUCUAUACUGCCCCAGGACCCCUGCACGUCAGAGGCUGGACAGAGACAGAGAGGGCACCCCCAGGCACCUGGUCCCUCCCACCACCCCGGACCUUCCCUCCUGCAGCCCAGCCAGCGAAGCAGGGAGUGAAAACAGCAUCAACAUGGCGGCUCACACACUGAUGAUCCUAUCCCGAGCCGCCAUUGCCAGGACAGGCACCCCACUGAAAGACAGCUUGCGCCAGGAGGGGGCUGGAGCAGUGACCCCUGUAGCCUUCAAGAGCAAGAAGCGCAAGCAGCCUGAGCCCCUGGCCAGCCCGCCAGCAAAGAAAGAUAUCUCAGGUUCAUCUGGCAGUAAAAAGAAAACAAAGAAACAGCAGAAACUAAUGGAUUCCUUCCCCGAUGACUUGGAUGUGGAUAAGUUCCUGUCUUCACUGCAUUAUGAUGAGUGAUGGGUUGAGUUAUAGCAGUUGGACAAUGAGAUGAGAAUCUCCCAAACACUACCUACCUACUCUCCAGGAAUUGAACAAGCCAUAAUUUACUGUCAGUGCCUAUGGUUAAACCAUAGGCGUUAGGAACCUGUGGUCUAGUGGAGCAUGUCCUCAGUUAUUAUUUUUUCUUCUAUGGUAUGUCUGCUUGUAGGGUUUGUCCUACAUCCUUUGGCUUAACAACUAAUUAUACAUGUGAUGUAUAUACUGUAUAGAAAUUAUUGCAGAAAUGCUAGAUUGAGAGCACUUUGGUUCCAUUCAAGGACUGUAAUGUUAAGAAUGGUUUCCCAAUCUUGUUGUAUUAAUAAUUUCAAGAAUUCAACCCUUUCCUUGGUCAAUAUUUCACUGUAUCUAAACUUUAAAUGAUCCACCCAACACACUAUGGCUGUGGUUAGACAGGCAGCACAAUUCUAAUCUUUAUUUCACUAAUUGGUAUUUUGACCAGAUCAGCUGUGAUCUGAUUGGUCAAAAAGACCAGUUAGUGGAAAAAAUAUCAGAAUUGGGCUGCGUGGUGUGUAUGUAAAAUACAUUUGUGCAGAUGUUUUUUUUACUAGUGAUUUUAAAUUAAAUCUUGUUUUAGAAAAAUCUAGUUCCAUUUAAUAUUGUUUCUGUGCAGGUAAAAACUGACCGGUUUUCAGUCCAAAGCAAAAUAUCACUAUCAGAACACAGUCUGAUAACCCAAUCUGUGAAUUUCACUAUAACCAAGUUAAUAUUGCACCAUUUUAUUCACUUGAGUUAAUUACUACUAUAUAAUAGGCCUAUAUCAUCACAGUGAUAGAAGAAUCUCUACUGGCACAGUGGUCUAAGGUACUGCAUC